AUGAAACGCUGCCAUUCCUUUGACUUUGGAAACCCUGUCAUUUCUUCCUCUUAUGAAAGGCUGUCAUUCCUUCCUCUUAUGAAACGCUGCCAUUCCUUCGACUUUGGAAACCCUGUCAUUUCUUCCUCUUAUGGAAGUCUGUCAUUUUUUCCUUUUAUGAAAGUCUGUCAUUCCUUCUUCUUUGAAAAGAUUCUCCUUCAGUGUUUUCCAUUUCUCCUUUCUUUCUUUCUUUCUUUCUUGUUAUUUCCAUCUCUCUUUUCUCUCUCUUUUUUUCCAAUUGCUUUUACAUAUUUUCUCAAGAUGUCUGAACUAUUAGCUCAUUUGUAUAAUAACCUUCUUCUUCCUUUUUACUUUCUUUCUUUCAUUCACUUUAUUUUUUUUUUUAUUUCAUGUCUUGCCUCUCUCUCCUUUUUAUCAUUUUCCUUUUGCUUUCCUAUGUUUUUCUUUUUUUUCUUUCUCUUUCUUUCUGGCGAUUACUUUUAUCUUUCUUCUUUUUCUAUCACUUUCUCUCUUGUAUUUUCUGUUUUAUUUACUCUCAUUUACUAUUUUUUUCUUUCUUUCUUUCAGAUUAAAUUUUUAUUUGCUCAUUAUUUAAUAUGCUAUCUCUCUUUUUUAUCAACUUUCCUUUUUUUUUGCCAUUUAUUCUUUUCCAUCAGCCAUCAUUCUUCUUUACCAUCAGCCAUCAUUCUUCUUUGUGUCACUCUCACUCUGCUUUUCUUUGUUUCUGUCUUUUUCUUUAUUUCAUCUGUGAUCUCUUUUCUUUUUUCUCAAAUUACUAUGCCUAUCAUUUAUUCUUUCUUUCUUUUUUUCUUUCUUUCUAUUUCUCUUUUUUGUUUCCUAUCAAACUAUCCUUUUCAUGCUUAA